AUGAGUGGGGACUCGGAAAUGGUUUUUGAUGAACAAACAGAAAAUAAAUCUGUUGAAAGAUUCACAGAUUUAUUUAAACGUUUAUCUACUGCCGAAGCUUGUGAAUUUGUACGUGGAGGUAAUGGGGCAGAUAUUCGUUGUGGUUCUUCAGUAAUUGAAGUCUUAACAACAACAAAAACAAAAUUUAGAGGAAUUUUUUAUGUACAAGGUCAUUGGUUAGAACCUGAAUGUAUUGGAAUGAUUGACGAAAAUGGAGGAAAUGGAACUGAAUUAGGUUGGGGAAGAGAGGGAGGGGUGAGGGAGGGUGAGGGGAAUGGGAGUGGAGGGGGAGGAAGGGGAGGGAGAAGGGGGGGGGGUGAGGGGCGGGGAGGGUAA